GUCGCCAUGGCGACGGCCCCGCCUGGAGCGGCGGCGGGCGCGGCCCGAGGGCGCGGCGGCGACAGCGAGGGGACAGCGAGGCGACAGCCAGGGGACAGCGGGGCGACAGAGGCCGGAUUCAUCCCGCGGCGCCUCCCCGACCUUUUCGGCGCCUCCGGAUGCCCCAAAACCUGAAAAAACCCGGAUAACUCCACCGCCAGCCGGGAAUUCCGGGGAUUUUCGGCUCCGCCUGGCGAGGAAACCCCAAGGAGAUGCUUCCGAAGCUCCGCUCCUCUCCGGAUCCCGGGAAAACCUCGAGGACGGAGGGAUAGAGCCCCGCCCGGCGCGGCGGGGGUGAUGCUGCAGCUCCCAUCCCUCAUUCCCGAGGUUUUCCCCGGCCGUUCCGGAGCAUGGCGGAGCACCAGGAGCUGCUGGCCGAGAUGCCGGCGGUGUCCCGGCUCAGCACUCCGGAGCGGCUCCGGCACGCCCAGAAGCGCCGCGCCCAGCAGCUGAAGAAAUGGGCCCAGGCCGAGAAGGAAAUCCCGGGAAUCCCGAAGGCGGCGGCAGAGAGGAAGAGGAGGAGGAGGAAGAGGGUGACGUUCCCGGCCAGCGUCCGGCUCCUGGAAGCGGCCGGCCGGCACGACGCCGAGGAAGUCCGGCAGUUCCUGGAGAGCGGGAUCAGCCCCGACCUGUGCAACGAGGACGGGCUGACGGCGCUGCACCAGAGCUGCAUCGACGACUCGCUCCCGCUGGUCCGGCUGCUCCUGGACGCCGGCGCCGACGUCAACGCGCGCGACGCCGAGCUCUGGACGCCGCUCCACGCCGCCGCCACCUGCGGCCACCUGGGCCUGGCGCAGCUGCUGAUCCAGCGCGGCGCGGAGCUGCUGGCGGUGAAUUCCGACGGGAACAUGCCGUACGACCUCUGCGAGGACGAGGCCACCCUGGACUGCCUGGAGAGCGCCAUGGCGCAGCAAGGGAUCACCCAGGAGCGCAUCGAGGAGGCGCGGGCGGCCACGGAGCGCGCCAUGCUGCGGGAAAUCCGGGAGAUGAUCCGCGACGGAGCCCCGCUGGACGGGCCCCGGGGACACGGGGCCACCCUGCUGCACGUGGCGGCCGCCAACGGCUACCUGGAGGCGGCCGAGCUGCUGCUGGAGCACCGCGCCCGCGCCGACGCCCGCGACGCCGACGGCUGGCAGCCCCUGCACGCCGCCGCCUGCUGGGGACAGGUGCAGCUGGUGGAGCUGCUGGUGGCUCACGGCGCCGACCUCGGCGCCAAAUCGCUGCUGGACGAGACGCCCCUGGAUGUGUGCGGGGACGAGGAGGUGAGGGCCAAGCUGCUGGAGCUGAAGCACAAGCGGGCGGCGGUGCUGAAAUCCCAGGAGAAGCACAAAUCCCUGCUCCAGAGGAGAACGUCCAGCGCCGGCAGCCGCGGGAAGGUGGUGCGCCGCGCCAGCCUCUCGGAGCGCUCCAGCCGCUACCGCCGCGAGCUGCAGCGCGAGGCCAUCGUCUGGGGACACCUCGGGGACAGCGAGGACGAGGACAGGGCCGCCGCCGCCACCGCCACCGCCACCGAGACGCGGCCACCGCUGCCACCAGCCAGCCACCGCGGCGGGGCCGGGCAUGUCCCCAAUGUCCCCAGCGUCCCCACACCCCUGGUGGCCGCUGUCCCCCCCCGGGGCCGGUGGCGCUCCGCGCGGGGGCGGGUGACAGCGCGCGGCUGUCGCCUGUCCCCAGGCUCGUACAGCGCCAGCCCCGGCGUGCAGCUGGUGCGCGACAGCGUGGCGCGCUACAUCCAGCGCCGCGACGGUGUCCCCGCCAACCCCGGCGACAUCUUCCUGUCCACCGGCGCCAGCGACGCCAUCGUGACCAUGCUGAAGCUGCUGGUGUGCGGCUCGGGCUCGUCGCGCACGGGGGUGCUGAUCCCGAUCCCGCAGUACCCGCUGUACUCGGCGGCGCUGGCCGAGCUGGACGCGGCGCAGGUCAAUUAUUACCUGGCCGAGGAGCGCUGCUGGGCGCUGGACGUGGCCGAGCUGCGGCGGGCGCUGGCCGAGGGCCGCCGGCGCUGCAGCCCCCGCGUGCUCUGCAUCAUCAACCCCGGCAACCCCACCGGCCAGGUGCAGACCCGCGAGUGCAUCGAGGACGUCAUCAAGUUCGCCUACGAGGAGAAGCUGUUCCUGCUGGCUGACGAGGUGUACCAGGACAACAUCUACGCCGAGGGCUCGGCCUUCCACUCCUUCAAGAAGGUCCUGAUGGAGCUGGGGCCGCCCUACUCGGACUCGGUGGAGCUGGCCUCCUUCCACUCCAUCUCCAAGGGAUUCAUGGGAGAGUGCGGGCUGCGGGGCGGAUACAUGGAGGUGGUGAACCUGCACCCCGAGGUGAAGGCGGAGCUCUCCAAGCUCGUGUCCGUGCGCCUGUGCCCGCCCGUGCCGGGGCAGAUCAUCCUGGACCUGGUCAUGGACCCGCCCCAGCCCGGAGAGCCGUCCUACGAGCGCUUCCAGGCGGAGAAGGAGGCCGUGCUCAGCGCGCUGGCGGAGAGGGCGCGGCUGACGCAGGAGAUCUUCAACCGCACGCCCGGCAUCCACUGCAACCCCGUGCAGGGCGCCAUGUACUCCUUCCCCCGCAUCGACCUGCCGCCCCGCGCCGUGGCCGCCGCCAAGGAGAAGAAGCAGGCCCCGGACAUGUUCUUCUGCAUGAGGCUCCUGGAGGAAACCGGGAUCUGCGUCGUCCCGGGAAGCGGCUUCGGACAGAAGGAAGGCACCUACCACUUCCGGUGGGGGCACCCGGUGCAGUGCCGGGAUUACUGCGGCUGGACGCCGCUGCACGAGGCCGCCAACCACGGGCACCUGGAGAUCGCGCGGCUGCUGCUGUCUCGGGGCGCGGCGCUGGACGACGCGGGGGGCGCGGGCUGCGAGGGCGUCACCCCCCUGCACGACGCGCUGGCCUCGGGCCGCUUCCCGGUGGCGCAGCUGCUCGUCACCAGCGGCGCCGACCUGCGCGCCAGGAACGCCAGGCUGCUCGUCACCAGCGGCGCCGACCUGCGCGCCAGGAACGCCAGGCUGCUCGUCACCAGCGGCGCCGACCUGCGCGCCAGGAACGCCAGGGUCAGCCCCAAAUUCCCAAAAAUUCACUGGAUAUGGGAGAUUUGA